AUGCUUUCACAGACAUUCAAAGCCAAUGGAGAAAAAACCGUGCAUUUAAAUCAUGCCCCUGGAUCAAAACAAAGCACACCAUUAAAAUCAGAGAAUACUACUGCUACUGGUGCAUCCUGUGAAGCUUGUGGGAGGAACAUCCAAGACUUGCCUAACUGCUUUUGCUCUGUUGCUUGCAAGGUAUUGAUAGAUUCAUCACAGAUCUUGUGUAAAGACCAGAGCCAAAAGAUGAUUGCAAUCCCAGUUCUUGAAUUUGAUGGCCUGUCUGAGAAGCAAGGCCCUGACUCGGAAAGGGAUAAAAAUGAACAUGAAUCAUCCAGAGAAAACCAAGCCAUUGUUAGUUCAGCAUUGAAGCCAAAGGGGCGAUUUCGAAAGAGGAAGGGUGUCCAUCGCAGGGCUCCUUUCAGUUAG